AUGAAAUUAAUUAUUCUUGCUCUCCUUAUUUCCACAUAAGUCUUUGGUCUUCAAACAUCAUGCACUAAACUUGAUCCAAAAUAAAUAAGUGACUUACAUGAUGCAGAAAAUUUAGUUUUCUCAGGAUACCUAAACAUUUUUGAAGAAUCCGCAAGUGCUUUGGCAUUUUUAUUUUAUGGACAUUAAUAAGCUAAAACAGUUGAUAAAUUAAAGGAUUAUCCAACUUUAAUAUACUUGAAUGGAUUACUAGGAGAAACAUCUUAAAUAGGAAAUUUCAUAGAAGUUGGACCAAUCAGAAUUAAUUCAUAAGGAACCCUUGAGAAGAACGUUAACACUUGGAAUUCUUAAUUCAAUCUAUUGUUUAUUGAUCUAGUUAUUGGAACAGGAUAUUCCUAUCACGAUACAUAUUAAGAUAUACCAACAAAUGCUGAUCAAAUAUCUACACAUUUUAUCUAUGCUCUUGAGUAAUUCCUUAAAGCUGAUAAUGGAUGUGUGAAAAAACUAAAGUUUACUGGAUUAGAAACAAGUGAUUGGUAUAUAUUUGGUGAAGGCUAUGCUGGAAAGUAAUAACUUUUUAUAUUGUAGAUAAGUUGUCCAUAUUGCAUCUAAAAUUUUAGAUUCUUAAUCUGCAACAUUAAACAAAAAUCUUAAAGGUAUUGGUCUUGGAAAUGCUCACAUUGAUGCAAAUAGCUUAAUUAGAGAAAUUCCAUCUUUUGCAUUUAAUCUUGGGUUGAUUGAGCCUAGAGAGAGAUCUGAACUUGAAAAACUUGCCUUAAGAGGAAUUUAACAACUUGAAAAAAAGGAUUAUUUAGGCAUUCAUAUGACUAUUUAAACAGCUAUAGGGAUGAUUCAUUAAUUCAGUGGAGAAAUAAAUAUAUAGAAUAUAGAUUAAUUGACAGAUAUUGAAGAUCAUAUUUCUAAAUUCAAGGCAUAUUUAAAUUUAAGCAAAACCAAAACUAAUUUAAAUUUUGAUACAGGAAUUCCUUUUUAAUAAUCUUCAUCUGAAAUUAUUAAUGCAUUAAGUGAAGAUUUUGCAAAACCAGAUGCACUUCCAAAAUUAAAAUAACUAUAAACAAAACUUAAAAUUUUAAUUUAUAAUGGUUAAAAUGAUGUUCUAUGUCCAAUUCCAAGUACUUUAAGAUAUUUAAGUUCUAUUAAUGAUGAUUUUAAAACAAAGAAAUUAGAAGUCUAAUUAUAAGGUAAAAAUCCAGUUGGUUACACAUUAAAAUCAGGAUAAUUAACAUUUGUAACAAUUAAUAAUGCAGGUUUCCAUAUUCCAUUAGAAAAAGGAGAUGUUAUUUUAGAAAUAGUUAAGUAAUGGAAAUGA